CUCCGUCCAUCCCGAACAGUUGGUUGACAGUCAUGUUGAACAAAGCUGAAGGCGAUGGUAAAGAACCAAUGAAUGAGCAGGCAAUUGCCAACAUAUAUGGCACCAUGAGGUCUGAAAUCAACCAACUUCACUCGAAAAUUACAGAAUUGGAGAUGGAAGUGAGUGAGCACUCCUUGGUGAUUGGAGCCAUACAGCCACUUGAUCCAUCCAGGCGAUGCUACCGCAUGAUUGGAGGUGUGCUAGUGGAGAGAACCAUCAAGGAGGUCCUCCCAGCAGUCCAGCGUAACAAAGAGGGUCUUGAGGAAGUGAUUUCUCGGAUGAAUGAAGCCUUGGAAAAGAAGAAAAAAGAGAUUUCUGAAUUUGAGGCAAAAUAUAAAAUCAGGAUAAGAAAAUCGGAUGGUGAGGUGAAGGAUGAUGGAGGCCGGAAGGAAGGUUCUGCUCAAGGAGUUCUUGUGGGUCCUGCAGGUGCUAAGAAUGAAUGAUCAAUUUCCUGAGCUUUUCAUUUAACGAAUUAUAUUUUAUGUUUUGUUGAAAUGAAAUUUGGGUUCAAUAGUCUUCUCUUGCCCUGUUAUGACGUCUUUGGUGUUCAUGUUGAAUCUAUAUAAACUAUUAUCUUUGUAGUGAAUACUAUCAUCUAUGUAGUGAAUGCAACUAUAUCAUUGACCAAGCACUGUAAAAAAAUAUUGAUUGGUAUCUAUGCAUCCUUCAGUG